AUGCCUUCGUCAAGGACUGUUGCACUCUUCACGCUUGCUCUGGCUUCUUUCAAUGGCGCGCUGGCCGCGUUGAACUUGAACAGUAAUAACAACAUUGCUGCUUACUGGGGCCAGAAUUCCUAUGGACAGUCUACCGGUCCAUAUGUUCAACAGCGUCUGUCGUAUUACUGCAGGAGUAAGACUGACUCUACACCACGUAAGCAUGCAAUAGCUAACGGUUCGACCCAUGUAUACCAGAUCUCCUUCUUGACGAGGAUCAACGGGGCGGGUGGUGUCCCUGAAGUGAAUUUCGCAAACGCUGGCGACAACUGCACCACAUUUUCAGGGACCCAACUUUUAGACUGUCCCCAAAUUGCUGAGGACAUCAAGGAAUGCCAAUCGCUCGGACGGACGAUCCUCCUUUCGAUCGGAGGAGCCACUUACAACGAAGGCGGUUUUUCCAGCGAAGCAGCCGCAGCUGCCGGUGCCAAGAUGAUCUGGGAGACAUUCGGACCUGUUUCCAAUGCCUCUGUGAAGCGACCGUUCGGAGACGCAGUAGUUGACGGCUUCGACCUCGACUUCGAGGCAACUGUCAACAACAUGCCGGCCUUUGCGAACCAAUUGCGGUCAUAUUACGGAAGUGAUACCUCAAAGAAAUACUACACCACAGCGGCACCGCAGUGUCCCUACCCAGACGCCGCAGAUGGCCCGAUGCUCAAUGGCGCUGUGUACUUCGAUGCGAUAUGGAUUCAGUUCUACAACAACUAUUGCGGACUGCAGGCAUUUGUCCCCGGUAGCGCAGCACAGAAUAACUUCAACUUCGAUGUCUGGGACAGAUGGGCUCGUGAAACCUCUCUAAACAAAAACGCCAAAGUCUUUCUCGGUGUUCCUGGAAACAAGGGUGCAGCAGGGACUGGGUACCAGCCUAUAUCGACCGUUACCGAGAUCAUUAACUACGUGAAACAGUUCAGCAGUUUCGGAGGAGCCAUGGUAUGGGAUGCGAGUCAGGUUUACGCCAAUAGCGGCUUUCUCUCAGGGCUCAGGUCAGCCUUGGGUGUUCGGUAUUUGCGACAAUGA